AUGUUCAAACGUUCUGUAAUCUCACAAACUCGUUUAUUCUCUUCCACAUCUGCUAGAUUUGGUUCAAAGGUUUAUUUUGAACCAUCAAUCAAUGGUGAAAAAGUAGGUAGAAUUGAAUUUAACUUGUACGAUGAAGUUGUACCAAAAACUGCCAACAAUUUUAGAGCUUUAUGCACUGGUGAAAAAGGGUUUGGAUACAAGGGUGUUCCCUUCCAUAGAAUUAUUCCACAAUUCAUGAUUCAAGGUGGUGACACUGAUUUAGCAGGCGGUUACGGUGGUAAAUCUAUCUAUGGUAGUAAGUUUCCUGAUGAAAAUUUUGAAAAAGUCCACGAUAAAUCAGGUUUGUUAUCAAUGGCAAAUGCUGGUCCAAACACAAAUGGUUCCCAAUUCUUCAUUACUACUGUCCCAUGUCCUUGGUUGGAUGGUAAACAUGUCGUCUUUGGUGAAGUCACUAAAGGUAUGGAUAUUGUUAAAAAAAUCGAAUCCCUAGGUGACAUGAGUGGUGCUCCAAAAGCUAAAAUUGUAAUUGAAGAUGCUGGUGAAAUUAAAGAUUGA